UUUAUUUAUUUAUUUAUUUAUUACCUACUCUCUCCUUCUCUCCCUCCCUCUAUUUCUCGACGAGAUGCCGCUGAGGAGAUCUUUUCUCUCACGGCGGAUCAUUCACCGUUCCUUUGGAAUUUCAAAAUCGUGCCAGGAAAAAUGUGAUUCCCCAUAUCCGCAGUCGGUUUGCGGCGGCGAACACGGUCGCGGUCUCGAUGGGGAGGACAAAGGGGAAGGAGGUGAUGACGGCGGUUGUCGCGACGGCGGAAGACGGAAGCAGCUUCAGAAUCACGGCGGCGUCGUUUCGAUGGAAGAAUCCAGGUCAGGAGAGUUUGGUUCGUGGGCGGGCAUGCUGCCGGAGCUGCUGGGAGAAAUAAUGCAGCGGGUCGAGGCGAGCGAGGAGAAAUGGCCCCAGCGGCAGAACGUCGUCGCGUGCGCCUGCGUAUGCAAGCGGUGGAGGGAGGCGGCGAGGGAGACCGUGGAGAGGGCCGCCAUCAAUGAGCCGGGAAAGAUCACGUUCCCUUCGGCCCUAAAAAAGCAAGGUCCACAGGAUUCUCCAGUUCAAUGUCUUAUAAAACGUGACAAGAAGAAUGCAACUUUUUAUCUUUAUCUUGCUCUCUCACCAUCAUUCACAGACAAAGGAAAGUUUCUCCUAGCCGCACGUAGGUACAGAAGUCGUGCCCACACGGAAUACAUUAUUUCACUCGACGCCAGUGAUCUAUCUCAAGGAAGUAAAGCUUAUGUUGGAAAACUGAGGUCUGAUUUUCUCGGCACCAACUUCACAAUUUACGACAGCCUGGCGCCCCACAGCCGGGCCAAACCAUCCAGCAGCCGGGCCUGCCGCCGGAUCGCGAGCAAGCAAAUAAGCCCACAAGUCCCGGCCAGCAACUUCGAGGUGGGCCACAUCUCGUAUAAAUUCAACCUCCUCAAAUCGAGGGGCCCAAGGCGGAUGGUGUGCUCCAUCACAUGCCCACCAUCCGAAGAAAAAAAUAAUCUAGGGGGCCCAAUAUCACCAUCUGCUGUUGGGCCUGCAGUGGUCUUGAAAAACAAGGCCCCAAGAUGGCACGAGCACUUGGAGUGUUGGUGUUUGAAUUUUCACGGCCGGGUUACAGUUGCCUCGGUUAAGAAUUUCCAAAUGGCUGCAACUAAUGAUGAGGAGACUGUGCUUUUGCAGUUUGGGAAAGUUGGGGACGACACUUUCACGAUGGAUUACAGGAAGCCCUUGUCUGCUUUUCAGGCGUUUGCUAUUUGUCUCACGAGUUUCGGGACGAAGCUGGCCUGCGAGUAAAGGUUUGUGGGGGAAUUUUGGGAGAUGGAGAAAAAUGUGUGGGUGAUUGUGUUAUAUAGNGUGUAUUAGCUGCUGUGUAUAGUAUUUUUUUUUUAUUUUAUUUUAUUUUCGUUUCUGUGGUCCUUUUAAAAUUGUGAAUGGUUUUUUUUUAUAAUUAUCAAAUGUAAUUUGCAUAUUUUUGUACAGGCUACAGAAAAUGUUUCGUAAUUAUCAUGUUUAAUAUUAAUUAUCUGGUGCAUUUAAUUAUAAAUCUUUAUUAGAUUAAAUUUCAU